UCACAGAACAUGUUUGCAUAAAAAAAAUUGCUAUUAUAUUUAAGUUGACAAUAUUGGACUUUUUUUUUGUUGUUGUUGUUGUUUCGGUUUGGAUUAAACCCAUUAAAUUCAAGUGACCAGCCAAACAGGAUAUUAAUUCUAAGAAGUCAAUAAUAAAUAUUAUAACUUUCAUUACCAUGGGUUGGAAGUUCAGAGGUCCUUCAUAUGAUUUUUUUCAUCCAUCCAUCCAUCCAUCCAUUUUCCAUAUCCUCAUCCUACCCAGGGUUGUGGGGAGCCUGGAGCCUAUACCAGGGAACUCGGGGCACAAGGCGGGGGACAUGCUGGACAGGGUGCAAACCCAUCGCAGGACACAAUCACACACAUUCACACAUUUGUGUUCUAUUUGGAAAUGCCAAUCAGCCUCUAGCACAUGUCUUUAGGAGUAAAUGACUGGGGGAGGAAACCAGAGUACCCGGAGGAAACCCCUGAAGCACGGGGAGAACGCAAACUCCGUCCACACAGGGCGGAGUCGUGAUUCGAACCCCCAACCCUAGUGGUGUCACCGUGCCCCCUGAUGUGAUUUUAAUAGUUUUAUUAGUUAUGAAUAAUCUUGAAUAGGAAGCCCAAAAACUCUAUAAACAUGUAUAUGUAAAUAAUAAGCAGUUGUGAUAACAUGAAUGUGCAAAUUUUAAGAAACUAUUUUUUUAUACACUGCUAAUAUCAAAAUGUUUCAUAUUUUACAUUUUAACACAGUUUAAUUGCAUUCGGGUUUUGUGAUGCCUCAAUGCUUCAAAUAUAUAAACAUGAAAGCACAAAUUUACCAGUGUGAAUAGUUAUAUUAGUAUUUUACUGAAUAAUUUUUGUUUGUUUAUUUAUUUAUUUAUUUGAACUCCCCAAUUUUUUUUUUUUACUGUGCAUUUUUUUUCUUUUCACAUUAGCAUUAAACUCUUCAAGAAGCGGUGCACCAAAGGUGGAACAAUGUUUAUUUGCAUAUAUUUGCAUUGCACCAAUAGGAAGGAAUGGAGAAUGGAGUUCAGAAUGGAGCCCUCCUACGUAACGCAGAAGCCUUGCCUCUUCACAGCUCAUGCCUUCCCUUUUGCUAUGAGGAUCUGCGCUGACAUUGUAUAGAGAAGUUCUCAGUGUGAGGAGUUGAACAUGCUUUAAGGGCAUCCUGUCAAACACACACACACACACACACACACACACACACACACACACACACACGGAGCAGAAGCCUGAGAGUCUCAGUUGGUCACUUUGUAUACUACAAAUCAUGAGAGCUUACUUCUCCACCAGUUGGAUAUUUCGAGGUUGGAUCUACUGCCUGAUCUUUGCCUUAUGCAUCCAGACAAAGCAUGCCAAAUCACCAUGCAACCAAAUGCAGUACCUCUGGAAAGGCGUAUGCUGUAGCAUGUGCAAACCUGGAACAUAUCGGUCUGCGCAUUGCACUGAGAAUGAUGAUACCAGGUGUCGACCAUGCGGGAAGGACGAGUACCAGUCAGAAUAUAACUUCGAGGAGACGUGCCAUCCACAGAAGUUCUGUGAUGAGGGGAAAGGAUUUUAUCGUCCUAGUCCCAGUAGCACCACUGAGCUUGAAUCAUGUCGGUGUAAAGAGGGCUUCCAGUGUACCACCACCUAUUGCGAGUUCUGUGAUAAAAUCAAACCCUGUCCUCCGGGCCAAGGACUUGCAGGGGAGCUUGGCAAACAGUCAUGUAAGGACUGCGACUACGGAUUUUUCUCUGAUUCCACUUCAGCAGAAGCGUGCAAGAAAUGGACAGACUGUAAAGCCAUUGGCAAGACUGAGGAAAAGCCAGGUAGCACUGAGGCAGAUGUGAAGUGUGGACCCUUCGUGUACACGACAUCAUGGGCCAUUGUGGCAAUACCCUGUGCCAUAAUCGUCAUAUUUGCCGUGAUUCUUUCCUGCUACAAGGAUAAACUGAGCAUUCUUUCAGUCAAUCUACGAACCUGCAUCCAGAACAUUAAACAGAGCAGAAUCCAACAAGAGACGCUAACACCGCCAUUCCAUAGCAACUGCCCCCUGUACGAGAUCACGUCUCAGGAAGAUGACGGUACUCCAGAAUACCUGAGCAUGUGCUCCAAAGCCAAUUGUGAUUCCCCUGGCCUAGACAAGGCUCAAGGAAACAAGAAGAACACACACUCCUCCAAGCUGGAACGGGACCAGGCUGAUGGAUCAUCAGGCAGCUCCACUGAGGGCUCUGAGGGUCCAGGUUCUCCAUUUCCUGGCAGCUCCUGCAGCUGCUUGAUCAUGAAGGAACCGAUGGAGGUUGGCGAGAAUGAGGACUGCAGUGAACUGGUGGCUACGGGUCUGGCUGGCUGCUGUUCCUGUGCUCAGGGGGAGAACAUGUUCGCCAAACCAAGCAAGGAUAGUGAUGUUAGCCUGAAAGAGCCUCCUCUGUGCGGGAGCUGCUACACUGAGAGCCUUUCUGGAUGCUUGCAAGGCUCUCAGGAGCUCUAUAUGGAUUACAGCAAUGAAGCUGGCAAGGAGGUCAUGUCAGAGAUCAGGGAUUUACACAGUGACACAAGCGCAUAUGAGAGAAAUGAACCGCAAUGCUGCAGCAUCGAAUCCACUGCCAUACUAUCAUCGCUUAGCACCAGCAACAACCAGGGGCUCUCACUUAAUUCCAGCACAGAUAACAACCAGCCCAAAGCUGAUGCGGAUUUGGAAAUCCAGAGCCAGAGCUCCGAGGCUGCUCUCACCUGUGCUCAGGUGACUGGAAACAACAACACCACAUUCAUCUCCACCGGCCAGGUGAUGAACUUCACGGGUGAUGUUAUCAUGGUGUACGUCAGCCAGACAUCACUGGGUAGCAGCGGAGAUGAAGAGCCCUACGCCAGUCCAGUUCAGGAACAAUCGGCUGAAUGUGGCAUUCAGAAUGUGCCCAAAUCCUACCAACGCUCAGAAGAGCAUGAGAGACAUAUACCUGUGCAGGAAAUGACAAACCAGCGCCCUCAGCUAAACCUCUCGGUCUAAACUGGAGCUUGGUUUUCCUGUUUUAUUUCUCUUCUUGCAUUCAGAGUGCUGUUUCAUAAAAAUGCUGUGCAUUUGUUAAAUAUGAUAUAUGUAUAUACAGUUUGUUUUGUGUUGUUUUGCGAUCGGCAUCUAUAUGCUAUAAUGCUAAAGAUAUACAAUGGUACGAUGAUUUGUCUGUUAAUUCUGCAUUGGCCCAGACUGUAAUAUACAGAAAAAUCUCUAUGUUGUUGUUAGGCCAAAUAAACAGUGUGGAGAAAUGAGACAAGGAGCCGAACUGCUGAAUGACACCUGCCAAACAAAACCAUCAUAACUCCAGGACAUUCAGCAAUGGGAACAAAUGUGUUCCUGUCCCCUCAGUCCCUUCCUUCUUAGCCGUUCUAAAGGCUGGGUCGUGCACAGCAUCUCUUCGAGAGAUCGCUUCAUGGACCAAAAUGAACGACUCUGUGAAUGUGGAGAACAAUGCAGGAUGGUUUGCUUUUUGCAGUGUUUCCUAAAAAAUAAAUGUACUUUAUUUUAUAUACUUUUCGAUCAGGGAAUUUAUGAUUUUCAAAUAUUCAGACUUUUUAUUUUUUGUCGUUUAUGGUGGUAUUUUUAGCCACCAACUUGACCAUUCAGUUUCACUGAAAUAAAAAGGAGUGUAGCCAUGGACAUCAGUGUGUAAUGUGUUUUAUAUAUAUAUUUGGAAUGAUUAUGGUAGAAAUAAACAUAAUUUGUACAAAAAAACAACAGCAAAGCCUUUUUUUUCUGUAUUAAGGUAAACUGUUUACAGUGCCUGCUAACUGAAUAUGAAGUAAA